AGGUUGGGUACAUGGGUGGUUUUCAGAGGGUUUUGGCAAUCUGAUCUGAGAGAGAGAGGAGAGAGAAAAUUAAGAGGUAGCGUCCGAGACAAUGUUUGUUUCCCGAGAAAGAUAGAAAGAGAGGGAAAGAGAAAAUGGGAUAGAAAGUUACUUGAUCGAUGCGAAUUCUGAUUUGUUUUUUAGAUUCGUUUGGUCUUUGAAUUCUCCGAUCUUACAUUCGCCUGUAAAUACUCCUCAAAUUCAAGAAAUUCAUAUGUGGUGGAGAUAUAUGUUAUUUGAACCAGAAUUUUGGUGAAUCUGACGAGAAAUCGGUUCUCCAGAGGGUCUUUAAUUCUUGAGUCAUCGGGCAUAGGUAAUUGGAGGGUGUUGGGCGCUGACCACUGAGGUCCUUUUGGACUGUGCAAUAGAUGAAAGAAUGCUCAUGUUUUGCAUUUGAUGAAUUCUUUUUGGCAUGAUCUCUGAGAUAUGGUGUUGCAGAAGAGGUUACACUACGGAUUUGAUGGCUAUCAGGUUCCUCCAACGCCUCGAGCUACUAGAUCGGCUAGGAGGAGGCGUUCCUUUAGGAAAACAGUUGAUAAUCAAAUGUGUGCAUUUGACUUAUUGGCUACAGUAGCCGGCAAGCUAUUGCUGGAGGGAGAAAUUUCCCCUAGUUCUACUGAUACCUUAAUCAACAAAGAUCAGUAUGCAGUUGCGAACGAUUCUGUUAAAAAGGAACAACAGGAUGAAGAUAAGCCCUUCAAAGGAAAACCUUGUGAUCCAGGAACCUGGGAUCGGAGUUUCUUUGUUUCUGAUAUUGUGUCACAAGCUCCUGUUGUAAAUCACAGUUUGAAGGAAUUUCUUCAUACUCAGAAUGAUACUUGUUCAGGACUUGCAUCUGUAAUAACUACUUCUGAUUCCUCAGAAAAGGCUGGGUCUGCUGAAAAGUUUGUCAAUGGGGAAAGCAAGAUUGAACUUGGAAGCUUUGCUAGCAAAGUAGAUGUGGAUUCGUCUGGCUACAGAGUGUCUUCUGGUUGUAUAUUAGGGAAUGAAAGUAGGAAACAGGUGAAAAUUGACCUGCCAAAUAAUGGAAAAGCAUCAGUUAGUACUAGGACUAUGUGCUAUUUGGAGGAUCCGGUUGUUUGGGAUGGAAAAUCUCCUGCACUUGUCAGUUCGGAUAAUAUUGUCAAGUUAUUGUCGUGCAGGGACCAUAUUCCAUGUCGUUCUCUCCCCAUAUGUCGGGGUGAUGUAAAGUUAGGUAUUAAAGAUGAUGACGAAAACUCUUCUGGGUGCACUCAACCUAGCACCACAAAUAAGGCCUUCAGGCCACUACCACGUAUUGGAGACCGAAGAAUAAGGAAGCUGUUGGCGUCCAAAUAUUGGAAAGUAAAUCCAAAAUUGAAGAAUGGGGAAUGUUUCAAUGCUGGUGCAGCAAUGAGGCCUGUUUAUCGGAGUAAAGUUGGUUACAAACGUCAAAGGUCUCAAAGGGAUUAUCCUUUCAAAAAGAGGAAAUUUUAUUAUUGUAGCUCAGUAUCAAAUGAUGGAGGGAGUAAUAAUGACAGCAUAUCUAGUUCACCUGGGAAGGGCUCUAAUGGAGAUGCUUCUGGUUUGGGUGCCAUUUUGCAUGGAGCAACUGGGACAUCAGCUUAUGCAGCAGGUCAACAUGUAUCCUUCCAAUCCAGGGAUUCCCAUGUGAAGCUCAAGAUCAAGUCCUUUAGAGUUCCAGAGCUUUUUGUUGAGAUCCCAGAAACUGCAACUGUUGGUUCUCUAAAGAGGACAGUUAUGGAGGCAGUUACUGCAAUACUCGGUGGUGGACUGUGUGUUGGUGUGCUUCAUCAGGGGAAGAAGAUUAGAGAUGAUAAUAAAACUCUGCUGCAGACUGGAAUAUCUCAUGAUAACAAUCUGGAUGCUCUGGGAUUUACACUGGAGCCUAAUCCUUCACAUGCUCCUCAAUCUCUCUGUCAGGAAGAUCGCCCCUCUCUAUUCCCUUGGGAUACACCUCAACCAAUAAAAAGUUAUCUGCCUGUUCCCAAUGAAGUUCAUGACGCAGUUCAGCUUGGGACUUCUGAUACAUCACCAGAUUACCGGAUAACAAAUUUUGGCAACUUUAUUGACAGCGAUCAUGAUUCAGCACCUUCCCCUCCUGACAUGUCGAUUGAUAAAGGCACAACGGAUUCAAGAGCAUUGGUUGCCAUUCCGGCAAUGAAUGUGGAUGCCCUUGCUGUGGUUCCCAUGAGGAAAUCCAAGCGAUCUGAGGCUGUGCAGCGUCGCAUUCGUAGACCUUUCUCCGUGUCUGAAGUGGAAGCACUUGUUCACGCUGUAGAGAAGCUUGGAACUGGAAGAUGGCGUGACGUAAAAAUACGAGCUUUUGAUAAUGCAAAGCAUCGAACUUAUGUGGAUUUGAAGGUAAAGAAGUGACUUGCCAUCUCUCUGCAUUUAUAUCAGACACUCUUCGGUUUAAGUGGACCCAAAAAUUACUCUUCGUACUGGAUAAAUCUGAUUUCUUCACUUACCAUUCCGGUCAUUUUUCCUUUUUUACACACCUUCAUCUGAAUGAAGUUGUUUGAUUGUUUGCUGGCCACUACAUUCUUUCUUUUGAAAUUGACUUUUACAGAUUGGUUCCCUAAAGGCACUCAGUUUAAUUGGUCUUGCUUGCCUUUGUGGCAAAUGAUUUGGUGGUCUUUAUAGCUUUAUCUAUAAAAACAACUGCCCCAAGGAAUCUCUUGAAUUUCAGGCUUGCUCGGUUUUACUUGCACACUUUAUUAUCAAUCUAUUCGUUCCCUGGUGAUACCUAAUUAUGUCUAGCUAAUGAAUAUUUUAGUAGCUCUGAGUGUCUGGGUUGGAAAGUAACAAAAGCAACAUACUGUAGUCUUGAUAUAGAAAUGAUUUGUUCAGUUAAAGUGUGGUUACGUGAUGUGGCUUUUUAUUUGUUUGAUUGGGGGUGCUGUGCAGGAUAAGUGGAAAACGCUGGUGCAUACGGCAAGAAUAUCCCCUCAGCAAAGGAGAGGAGAGCCUGUGCCCCAGGAGCUACUGGACCGGGUACUAACUGCCCAUGCUUAUUGGUCCCAGCAGCAAGCCAAGCAACAUCUCAAACAGCAGUCAGAGACUUACCUCCUCCUCUGAAGACUUCACCAAUACAAAGACAACAGCAUGAGUGGAAAAAGCAUAGGUAGGUAAUUACAGAUUGGGGGGGGGGGGGGGGGGUUUCGCCAAUUUUUUUUUAGUUAUUCUUCUUCCGAUUAUGUGAAAAGUAAUGACAAAGGGAAGUAAAACAGGUAGUGUAAUUUUACUAUAGCUCUUGCGGUGAUCCUCUCCUGCGUGACGAGGUUGGCGCUUGUAAAUGGUUUGACAGAAUAAGAGCUUGCUAACAGAAUUUUUUUGAUGCCUAGACAUUGGCAUUUUCUUCAAUCUCUUUUCGUGGUUUUUUUUUUUUUGCCUUAGGUGGGGUCUGAAAAUUGUUGUUCAUUAUUGUAGUUGUUUCCUGAUUGUAAUAUCUGCUUGGCAGUAAUGCUAUUGUUCUGUUGACUAUUGUACAUUCUUGGCAGGUUAGAAAGGAUUUCAGUUUGCUUGUAAUUAUCACUUUUUUUAUGGAAGUAAAUUU